AAGGGGCGGGCGUUUACAGGCUGAGACUGAACUUCAGAAGGAGAAAGAGGGAGCGGACAGAGGAGAGCAGAAUAGUUGUUUUUCUAAGCCCACGCGGCUCACACAGAGACGUGUCUCACGAAAAGAGAGGGAAUAUUUUUUUUUGUUUUCUUCUGUUCAUUUUCUCAAACUGGAUCAUACAGAAUUAAAACCUUGUUAAACUGGGAUUUUCUUCAAUCUGAAUUCAACUGUAAAUCAGAUUUAAUCUCAGACUGAUUCUUCUUGUGGGACUAGUUUUAUUAGGAUCAUACUAGUUGUCUGGAUAUAAUACCAGUCUGCCUUUGAGAUGGGGUCCAGAACUCUGCUACUUAUUCUGGGUCUUCAUUUCACUCUACUGGGGAACCUAGAGGUCAGAGGUUGCCCCAGGGGCUUAACAGCCAAAGGGGGACAACGAUGUGAUGAUAUAGAUGAGUGUAAUGAGUGGGACAGUGCCCCACCCUGUGGAAGUAAUGCCACGUGUUACAACACAUUUGGAAGCUUCUACUGUCACUGUCUACCUGGGUUUGUAUCCACAACGACUUUCAAGUUUACUCCUCUCACUGGGGAGUGUAAAGACCUCAAUGAGUGCCUGGAGAAACCACAGGUUUGUGGCAGCAACACCAUUUGCCUCAACACCAUCGGGGGCUACAUCUGCCAGUGCCAACCUGGUUUCAGAUCUAACUUAACCAACGUCACUAGACACUGUGAGGAUGAGGAUGAGUGUGUGUGGGUUCCCCCGGUGUGCGGCGCUCAGGGCAUGUGCACAAACACACCUGGCCGAUACACCUGCACCUGUCCGUCAGGGCUCAGUAACCACGGCAACAACACUGCCCCCUGCACAGACCUCAAUGAGUGCCUGGAGAAACCACAGGUUUGUGGCAGCAACACCAUUUGCCUCAACACCAUCGGGGGCUACAUCUGCCAGUGCCAACCUGGGUUCAGAUCUAACUUAACCAACGUCACUAGACACUGUGAGGAUGAGGAUGAGUGUGUGUGGGUUCCCCCGGUGUGCGGCGCUCAGGGCAUGUGCACAAACACACCUGGCCGAUACACCUGCACCUGUCCGCCAGGGCUAGGUAACCACGGCAACAACACUGCCCCCUGCACAGACACGGAUGAGUGUAAUGAGAUCGCUGGUGUCUGUGGAGUGGGCGGGGACUGUCAGAACCAGAAAGGAAGCUACAGUUGCCUCUGUCACCCUGGAUACAGUAACUACAACAACAAACAGGCUCAGUGCUCAGUACUGACCUGUGACCAGUUCAAAGCGAAUGAGACUCCUGGACAGACUGUCCCAGGUUUAGCUGGUCUCCUGUCUCUGAUGAGGAACAGCUGUCUGGCGUUGAGUAACUCUGGGGACGCAGCCGGAGGGAGACUGACUGGAGAGGUGUUACUGGAGAAUGUCUUCACGGAGAUGGACAGACUCUUGUCUCACGAUAUCCUAAGCAACAGCCAGGAGGUGAGUGGGUUGCUAGGCGCUGUGGAAGAUGCCAUGAGACUCAUCGGGCCGCAGCUCAGAGACAACCACACCACCAAUGAGACAGACCACGCAGCGACUGAGCUUGCAGUGAGGAGGGGACAGACUCCGCCCACUGGGCCAAUCAGCCUGGCCAAUGAAAACGCUCGACUGGACACCAGCUGGGAGACAGCCACCGGCAGCGGGACAUACCCAGGUUUCGCUCUGGUUGGGUUGGUGUGUUACAAGACAAUGGAGACAUCUGUCAACAACUCCUUCCAGUACCUCACUGACACAGACACAGACACAGACACAGACACAGACACAGACACAGACACAGACACAGACACAGACACAGACACAGACACAGACACAGCAACAGACACAGCGUUAAAGCCUAGCUACCAGAUCAGUUCCAAGGUGGUAACAGCUUUCGUCAGUAACCCAGCAACAGACCACCUCGCCCAGCCUGUCAUCCUCACCUUCAAACAUCUACAGGUGAGGGCGGAGUCAGCGGAGAUGAACUAUACCUGUGUGUUCUGGUCGGAGGGGCGUGUCCAUGAAGAGGGAGGGGCGUGGUCAAGGCGUGGCUGUAACAAAGUCGCGUCUAACGCUACACACACCGUGUGUUCCUGUUCCCACCUUAGCAGCUUUGCUGUUCUCAUGGCCCUCUACCCUGUACAGCACACCUUUGAGCUGCGUCUGUUGACGUGGCUGGGUCUGUCGGUGUCUGUGGUGUGUCUGUUGCUGUGCAUCCUGACUUUCUGGCUGUGUCGGUCCAUCCAGGGGACACGCACCACCAUCCACCUCCACCUCUGUGUCUGCCUCUUCAUCGCUAACCUCGUCUUCCUCAGCGGUAUCUCACACACACAGAGCAAGGGAGGAUGUAGGGUUGUAGCAGGUCUCCUCCACCUGUUCUUCCUAGGAUCCUUCAGUUGGAUGUUGUUAGAGGGGGUUCAGCUCUACCUCAUGGUGGUCCUGGUCUUCAACACUACCAUAAGACCUCUGUACCUGUAUGCUGUGGGAUAUGGACUGCCACUGGCUAUAGUCAUCAUCUCUGCUAUCACCUACCCAGAUGGAUAUGGUACCACACAACACUGUUGGUUGUCUCUGGAGAGAGGAUUCAUCUGGAGUUUCUUCGGCCCAGUGUGCACCAUCAUCAUUCUCAACGUUUUCUUCUUCAUCAUCACUGUCUGGAGGCUGGCCCAGAAGUUCUCUAGUGUCAACACUAACCUCUCCAACCUACGCAAGAUCAAGGUGUUCACAGUGACAGCAGUGGCCCAGCUGUGUGUGUUGGGUACUAUGUGGAUAUUUGGAGUGUUCCAGUUCCAAGAGGAGGGGACAGUGGUCAUGACAUAUCUCUUCACUAUCCUCAACUCUCUACAGGGAGCACUGCUGUUCAUCAUGCACUGCCUACUGAACAAAACGGUUAGAGAGGAGUAUUGCAAGCUGCUGUCCUGUAUCUGUACACCACAGAAGAAGAGAUACUCAGAGGUCAGCACGACCAACCGUUCCUCCAGCCAAUCCCAGGGGUCAAGGAGCGCAGAGAACACGGGGGAGUCGCAGAUAUGACGUCACCAAACCUCCAUAAUGCACCUCUUUACUCCCCCUCCCAUGACAAAUGUUCCCACUAGAUGGCCAAACUGUAAAGUCAAAGUGGUCGAUAUCCUAAACAUUUAUGAAAACAAAGCUUUGCGUUUAGUAGUGUGGUUAAGAUACAUUGUAGAAAUGGGCAGGGUUUCUGAUUUAGCGUCUUGGCCAGAUAGUGACACACCAGAAACACUCAGCCCGAGGAUAGUACUGUUCAGGCCAGGUUAGUAGAACAUGUGUCCAACUAGCCCGACGGAUAGUAAAAAUGUUAGUCCACUAGCCAGGUUGGCCAGUGCCCAAAAUCCUUCAGUUACAUCCCUGAUUAGACACUUCAUAUCAAACUUGAUGUUAACCACUGUCUUAUCAAGCAUUAGGUUAUCCAAUCAGAAGUUAUGUGAUCUUCAUGUCAUCGAAUAGGAAUCCAUAUGAUAUUUAUGUCAUCCAAUAGGAAUCUAUAUGAUAUUUAUGUCAUCCAAUCAGAAGUCAUGUGAUCUUUAUGUCAUCCAAUCAAAGUUAUAUGAUCUUUAUGUCAUCCAAUAGGAAUCUAUAUGAUAUUUAUGUCAACCAAUAGAAAAAGAAAAUCCUCUUUUUGAAAUUUUCACAACCACAAAAGAAAGGUACUAUUUUACACCACUUCGAUGAAACCAAAAACAUGAUAAACAGAAGCUGUCUUCCUUUACAUGAAUGUGAUAGAUGUAUAGUAAUAUUUAUUACCAAGAGUACAAGAUAGGGUGACUUUUCUACACAAAUAAAUCCAGAGGGAUUUAGAAAAA